CCCGCCCUCGGGCGUUGACGUGUACUUUUUUUAAAAACUAAACGAGCGUCCAGUAUUCAGCCUGUUCUAUAUUCACAAUGACGAUUAUAAAAGCCGUAUGAUACGUGAUGAGAUCAAUCAGUAGCCAUCCAGCAUCCAAGAUGAGAGUUCUGGUUCUAUCAGCCAUCCUCGCCUGCGCGGCCGCAGCCCCCUCGUACAUAGCGCCAGUGCCGCUACUGCCGCUGCAGGUGGCGUCAGUGUCGGCUGACGAUCUACAGGCGGCUGCGAUCAACGCUCAGGUGAAAGCGGAGGACCAUGCGCGCGCGCUCGCCGACCAAGCCAGGGAGCUAGCCGAGCAAGCCAUCGAGAACCAACAGGAGGGCAUCGUAGAAGGCACGGACCUCGCCAAGGAGCGGAGCGAGGAGGCCUUCUGGGCCGCUGAGGACAAGAAGUGGCAGGCGAUAAACGCGGCGCAAACCGCUGAGGCGGCCAUCGGCGGUGCUUUAGCUAGCAACGAGGCGCUUCGCUCCUCGCUCGCCUACGUGCCUGGCGUUGUUCCAGUGCUAUCGAAACUCGGUGCUGUCGCCGUGACCCCAGUUGCCGGGUUGAGCGCAGCUGUCUCCAGCGACGUCAAUGUGCAAACCGCGGCCGGCGAAGUAGCGAAUGUGAAAUCGGCUGAAGCGGCCGAAGCGAACAACGCUGAGAAACCAGUCGAAGCCGCGGCUGAAGAGAAAAAGGACGCUGGCGUUCAGUCCGCUGACGUGAAAUCCGCUGACGCUGAAUCAGUCGAAGUUCAGGCGCAGUCCGCUGACCAGGUUGCACAAGAAGCACCCAAGACUGAGAACGUGGAAGGCAAGGCUUUCCACUCCGUCGUCCACCCGGUGCCCGUCGGCCUAGCGCCCUACAGCUACCAGUCGAUUGUCCCCAACGUUGCGUACGCGCAGGUCGGUCUGCGGUCCCUCCCAGUCGCCGCGUUCCCGCAGUUCCAAGCCCCCUUCUACACACCAACCGUAAUCAAAGCUAUCUACUAAACAUGCUAAUAAAUGCUAGUUAGAUUUU